GUCAUCAAGGAGCAGAAAACCGAAGAAGUUUCUGGCCAGGACGAGACGACGGCCCGGAAUGCCCAGCAUGCUGUCAAUGUACUACGGAAGGCGAAGACUCAUGUCACAAAGAUCACGAGAGAACAGCAGGAGAAGUCCUGCCGCUUUGCAAAGUACGAAACGCGCUUGAUGGCUGCCUAUGUGGCAGUAAAAAAGCGUCACGAGGAAUACCAGGACAAGCUGGCAGGGGACUUGGUCGAAGCACAACAACAUGUGCUGGUGGCCAAAGCGAGCCCUGCGGGUGUUGCGAAAGCCUUUGCCACGGGAGCCUCCACGGCUGUUCCACAAGCUAUGGAAGUCCAGGGUGUGGAGACCGAAGCCUGGUCAGAUAUGCUUCGAAGACAUGCCGUCUCUUCACCACCUGCUCUAGAACCUGAGCUUCUGGAGGUCCUGCGUCUAUACAAGUCAGGGGCUCUGCGUGCCUUGCUCAGCGCAACCCAAUCCUACAGGAGGAGAUGCCCCACCAGGAAUGCCGAGUGGUUUGCAGACGGGGAUGCCUGCACAGGACAACCUUGGGAAGCCAGCUACUACUCUGCAGGUACCGGCCUCGAUGCCCCCUGGGCCGCCGGAGCAGAACAGCCAACAAGUCAGUUCUACUACAGUGGACCCCCAAGCGGUGCCCACCUACGGAGCGGCCUCGCCAGCUACUGCUGCGCUGCGCUCGGCACCUUACCCGCCCAGCUCACCUAUGCCAAGCAAGGCAGACGCUGCGCCCCACGAUGCGCCAGCGGCGACGCAGGCCCAAGCACCUGCCGAAGCCGGCCAGACAUGGGUGGUACUUCUCUGGAGGCGAAGCUGGAGAAAAAAAGAGCCGUGGAAAGAGGGCUGGCCAUGCAGCCUUUCCGCAGGCAGGCUGCGGAGACUACGGACGCCGGGCUUGGACCAGUCGAGGCUGGCGCUUUGGAAGCGCAGCGUGUUGCGCAAGCUAUCGCCUAUGCGACCCUGGUGGAGGACGACCCAGACUUGGACAGUGGUACCAGGUCGCCAGGUCUGGCCAAGGGCCCUCUGCUUCUGGUCGCCGACAAGAAGACG